AUGGGUGCAUCAUCCAAUGAUUUUCCUGCUCAUCUCAUAUCUUUGAGAGCUUCAUUGAACAACACAUCUAUCACCAAUUAUAAUGAAUCUGUAAGAUUUGCAAUCAGUAUAGAACAAUAUUUGGAAGAGAUAUUACAGUUUGCCAGGACAGAGAGUGGAAAGGAUGACUUGAUGGGGGUUAAAAUGUUUGCUGCCAAGCUUCCAAUUGCAAGUGGAUCCAUACCGUGGUCUCAUGUCCAUAUUGGUCCUGUUAAGGAUAAGAUACAAGAUUUAAAGAAGAAACUAACUAUCAAAAGACCAGGAUCAAAUGAUACAACUGAGUCGAUACAUAACAUCAGAUGGACUCUAUUGAAUGAAAUUGAACUUGUCUUAAUUUCAAUUGCUUUCAUAUAUAUCAAAGUUGGAUCUGAAUUAACUAAUGAGAUCAUAGAUGAGGAAUAUUCUAAUCAACAAGAAUCAAAUGAAAAAUGGAAACAAGUGGUCAACUUAUUCAAAACAUCAAUAUCGUAUAGUCUAUUUGGUAUAUCACUAAAAUCUCAUAAUGCAACCUUAUACACUUUUGUCAAUAAAGUAGCAGAAGUAUGUAUACAGAUGUCGAUCUUAUCUAAAUCAUCAUGGAUAAAUCGAGGUCAAUUCAAUGAGAAUGAAGCAUUUCAAACUACCAAUAAUGGAACCUUGGCUAGAGUUGCUGUUUAUGUUAAUAAUGAAAUAAGAAGUCUAAAGAAUAUGAUAGUUGAAUUACAAGCCAGUAAUAAUAUCCAACUUGAUUCAAGUCAUUGGAUUGAAUAUUUGAAUAUCAUUGAAAAGUAUUCUCAAGCUUAUACUGGGUUAUUCUUAUCGAUUGAAAAUUAUCAACAAGAUAAAUUAGGUCAUGCUAUUGGAUUGGUCCAUUUUAGUUUAUUAAGUUUACAAAGUAAAAGAGUUGAUGAAUCUACCAAUAAAUUAAAGAAUAAAAUCUUGAAUAAAAGAAAUGAUAAUUUAUUAAAUAAAUUAAAUUCAUUGUCCACAUUAGAUAUUAAUAAACUGAUUUUUAAUUCGAGUCAAAUAACGUUAAAUGAUAUGUCUUAUUUAUUUGAUCAAUUGAUCAAAUUGAAUUUAAAGUUUGAAAAGGAAAAUAAUAAUUUAAAUAUCAAACAUUGA